GUCCCAGAGUUGGGGGUUGGUUGCCCAGGCCCCACCUCUGGUACCAGGAAUGCACGAAAUAUUAUGGUCGCCGGAGAUCUAGCUGGCUUGGAGUUUAUAUACAAUUACUGUAUAUACCGGGCGACUUUGUCAGGCUUGGGGUGGGGGGGGCGAAGGCAGCACAGCAUCCCCCCCCGUGCCGGGCUCCCACCUGUGCCCGCACCUGGCACCUGGCACAGCCGGUGCUCCCCCGCCGAGCUGCCUCUCAGGCCCCAGAUCCAUAGUUUCCAUUUGCCUUUGCCCAGAACUCAGCUCUGGCUUAUGGGAGUGCUGGGGGCUCAAACCAGGGGCCUUUCUUUUCUUUUUUUUUCAUUACUUAUUAUUUACUCCCUUUUGUUGCCCUUGUUGUUUUAUUGUUGUUGUUAUUGAUGUCGUCGUUGUUGUUGGAUAGGACAGAGAAAUGGAGAGAGGAGGGGGAGAGAAAGACAGACACCUGCAGACCACCUGUGAAGCGACUCCCCUGCAAGUCUCUCUGUAAGCCAGUCCUGGUCACCUUUGGAGAAAAAGAAGACGCCCUGUGAUCCCAAGAGAGAAGGUAGUCACACACCCAGCUCUGGAUUUUGGUCAGACUGCUUGGUGUGUGUGCUUUCAGACAUCAGGCAGCGGCUCCUGCUUCUGUUCUCUGGUGGUGCAUCAUUCUAUACAUCUUUUUACAUCACUGAGACCUGUUCAUCACAGUUACCUACGGAAGAUUUAUUGAGGUAGUUUUUUGGGAAAAUACAGAAGCUGUGGCUUUGACAGACAUGGAAGAACCUAGAAUGUAAGGGGAAGAAUUCAAUUAUUGUAAAGAUACCCAAUCUCACUUAGCUACCUGUAGUAAGAAUCUCACUGCCAAAAGUGAUCGAGGAUAGAAAACAUCUUGGGAACUAUUUCAGUUAUGUUUCCCGAGAACCACUAUAAAUGUGCGAAAGAGUCUUAUCAAAUGUUAGACCUUAUUAUAAAUCAGAAUAUCCGUAUUAAAGAGGAGCCUUGUGAAUUUGAGGAAUGUGGUGAGACUUUUAACCAGCCUUCAGCAGUGCCUCACCCUGGUAAUACUGAUUUGGAGAAAAACACGUUCAUAUGUAACAUAUGUGGCAAUGUCUUUAAUGGGUGGUAUGACCUAAAAAUCCAUAAAAAAAUUCAUACUGGAGAGAGACCCUACAAAUGUAAGGAUUGUGGCAAAUGCUUUAAGCAGUGCUCCGAACUGAAUCGACACUACAGAAGUCACACUGGAGACAAACCCUACAAAUGUAAUGAAUGUGGAAAAUGUUUCAUCCAGUCCUCAACCCUCACUGUCCAUCAGCGAAUCCACACGGGAGAGAAACCUUACAAGUGUAAGGAAUGCGGUAAAGCCUUCAACCAGUCUUCAAAACUUACUCAGCAUUACAGAAUCCAUACUGGAGAGAAACCUUACAAAUGUCGAGAAUGCGGUAAGUCCUUUACAGAUUCCUCAAGUCUCACCCAUCACGAGAGAAUUCACACAGGAGAGAAACCUUACAUAUGUAAAGAAUGUGGUAAGGCCUUCAGCUCUAACUCCAAACUCACUCUGCAUCAGAGGAUUCACACGGGGGAGAAACCUUACAAGUGUAAGGAAUGUGGUAAAGCCUUCAGCCGGUCCUCAAACCUUAGCGGCCACCAGAAGUUUCACGCUGGACUUCAGAGGUAUCCUAACGGAGAGAAAACGUACAAGUGUAAAGAUUGCGGGAAAGCUUUCAGGCGGAGCUCAAACCUGACAGAGCAUCAGCGAGUCCACACAGGAGAGAAACCUUACAAAUGCAAGGAAUGUGGGAAAGCCUUUAGCCGGUCCUCAAACCUGGCCGGGCAUCAGAGGGUUCAUACGGGCGAGAAGCCCUAUAAAUGUAAUGAGUGUGGCAAGAGCUUUAGCCGGACCUCAUGUCUUAACCGUCAUCAGGUCACUCACACCGGAGAGAAACCCUACCGGUGUGACCAGUGCGGCAAAUCCUUUAGCCAGUGCUCGAGCCUCACUCAACAUAAGAGAAUCCAUUACUUCAGAGAGAGCCUGCAGAAUUGUGGAGGAACCUUUAUGCCAGUGUCUAGAUUCACUCAACAGCAGAAUAUUUAUACUAAGGAAAAACUGCUAAGUAUGCAAGACGUGGCAAAGCCUUUCUCGACAUCACAGAAUCCGUAAUGUGUAGAAACCCCACCCGUGUAAAGGUGGAAAAAAAUGGCUUUUUUAAAAUACAGAUUUUGGAAGACAAAAAUAUGUUUAAAAAGUAUUUAAUUUAAAACUGUGUCUACAUUUAUGUUAGAGCAUGGGUCUUGCAUGUCUUAGACCCUAGGUUCAGUUCUCUGACACCACACAUACCAAACCUGAGCAUUGUUCUGGUCUCUGAUUUUCCUUUUAAAAAAUAAACUAAGUUCUUUGUUAAAAAAAUAAAGAAAAAGAAAGAAAGAAACGCAUCAGAUGCAAAGGCUUACACUAUCACCACCACACCCUCCCCACACACAUAUCCAUGGGGGCUACCACAAAAAGGUAGCCGAUUAAUGGGGAGAAGAUACUUGUAUAUCACAUAUCUGACAAGGGGUUGAUAACUAAGAAGUACAACUAAACAAAUAGUUGAGAAACAUAAAAAAAGUGGACAAACUAUCCAAAGAAGAUGAGUGGCCAAAGACGCUUGGAAAAAAAGCUUCCACAUCACUUACUAGAGAAAUGCAAAUUAAAAUUGCAAUAUAAAGAAAUCGCUUUAUCUGGGUGAGUUUGACCUACGUGACCAAGUUUGGAAAAGAGUGCUGGCAAGGAUGUGGAGAAUGAGGAAUUCUGGUCUAACAUUUAUGGAAAAGACUAUGAGGAGUCAUUUCAAAACUCUAAAUGAAAUGUUGACUGUUGACCCUGCAGACACCCUGGUAGGCAUUUACUCCAAGGAUAUUGAAACAAUGAUUUGAAAGGACACAUGCCCCCCCCCCUUUGUUUAUACCAUUAUUCAUACUAGCCAGACUAUGGAAUCAACUUUAAUGCCCUUUGAUAGAUGAUUAGUUAAACUGUGGAGCAUACAAUCAGUGGAAUACCAGUUUGCCAUUGGGAAGUGACAGUCUCUUUUGGGGCAAAAAGGAUUGAAUUGUACAUGGUUAUACCUAGAAAAUAGGUUAAAAA